AUGCCUUCACAUUUCCCAUCACCGUUCGGAUCGAAGCAUUUAUUCCGGAAAAAUGGCACCAUUAAGCCUAGAGAUACUAAAGUAGAGGAAGUUGCAAAUUCGAGUCGAUCCACUUCGACAUUUGCAACACCAGCAGACAAUUCAAAGCAAGUAGAUGACUUAGAAUCUUGGAUUGAUCGAAUAGAGUUACGAGCGAAGUCUGCACUAGAACAAGAGAAGCAGAGCACGACUGCGUUUUAUGAGCAAUUGCGGUUUGAGAAGCAAUCUGAAGAGUUGAAGAACAGAAUUUUCACUGAUGAAUUCGACAAGUUGGAGAAAAUGAUAAAAUCGGGAGAAGAGAGAGUAAAGCAGGAGCACAACUUAGAAAAUUCAGUACAUAAAGCAUCCUUUGAAGAGGAAGAAGAGAGUACUGAAGAAGAAGAGGAAAAAGAAGAGGCUGAAGAUCUGGAUGACGUAGUUGAAAUAAUCUCAUCGGAAGACGAGGAGGAAGCAGUGGAGGCAGAGGUAGGUGAAGUUGAAGCGGAGAGCGAACAAUAUGAAGAGGAAGAUGAAGAAGAAGAAGAAGAGGAGGAUGAAGAGGAAGAUGAAGAAGAAGAAGAAGAAGAAGAAGAAGAAGAAGAAGAAGAAGAAGAAGAGGAGGAUGCAGGUGAAGAAGAGCAAGAACGAGAAGAAGACGAAGAAGUAUAUGAAGAACAAGAGCUUGUUGCACCUCAAUAUUCCCAAUUCCCACAAGAGCACUCACAAGGUUAUGCUGACGACGAAGACAUAGAAGAAAUAGAAAUCAUUGAGUCAGAGGAGGACCUGCAUAAAUAUGACGAAGAAGAAGCAGAAGAAGACGAUGAAGAUGAAGAAGAGCAUGCAUUUUAUGACGAUGAGAAUGAUGUGGAUGUUGAAGCGGAGGAUGAAGAUAGUCAGCAACAUUACGAAGAAGAGAGACAACUGGACCAUUUUAAAGACCAGCGUAGUCAGCUUGUGAAUGUCCAAGAAGAAUAUAUACAGCGUCCGUUGGAAUCGCCCACAAAUACAGCAUUUGAUCUAGAGCAUUCUUAUCGAACACCACAUCACGAAAACAUAACUUAUAACGUUCGUAGUGGUCGACCUCGUUUGAUUGACCAUAUGCCAAGGGAUAAUGUAUUCGAAGAAGAUAACGAUGACGAAGAUGUGGAUGAUGAGUAUGCUGACGAAGACAUAGAAAGAUUGGAAGUAGACCAUAACAAUGGCAUUCACUUUGAGGAAGAAGAAGGUGAUGCUGAUGAAGACGUAGAGGAAGAAGAUGAAGAAGAAGAAGAAGAAGAAGAAGAAGAAGAUGUCGAGCAGAGUGAAGCUGAUGAAGAUAUAGUAGAGGUUAUAGAAGAUGAUGAAGAGAUGGAUGAAGAUGGUUAUGACCGAAAAGAGUAUGCAGAUAGAAUGGAAGAAGAUUAUCUGGAGGAAGAGCAAGAAAAUCGCGAAGCGUAUACUCAGGAUGAUGGAGUAACGGACCCACAGCUACUUUCCGAUUUAUUGAGCUUUGCUCAAUCUGCUCUUGGACCAGAAAUAGUAUCAGAUAAUGUUUUUGAUUCUGCAAAUGACACGUUUGAUAAAACAGUUAUGGAAUAUCAAACUGCAAAUAAUACUAUGUUAGAAAAUUCAAUAGAUCUUGCACAGGAAGAGAGCAAGAUACUAGAAAAUGAAGAAGAAGCUGAUGAAGGUACUGGAAAUGACGAAGAAGAAAAGUUACCUCACACUGGGAAUAGCGGUACAAUCGAAAUAGAAUCGAAAGAAGAUACCGCUGGCGAUUUAACCUCACCAGCGGAUCUAGAUGGCCACCCCAUUAAUGAAGAGGAAGCUGGAGUAGAUAUGCAUGUCCCCUCGUCGGUGGAAGAAGUUGAUCGCGAACACGAAACGAAUGAUGAUGACAGUGUCGAUAUUGACUUACUGGAAGCUCCUAUUUUCAAGACGGUACCUCUGGAAGAACCGGAAGAAGAAUUGAACAAAUUAAGGGAGAUCGAAUCCAAAUAUGGGUUGAAAUUGAGCUCAGUUCCAGACUUGGAACACGAAGUUCUGAAGCGUAGACUGUUGAGAUCCACACCAUUGCAUGACAGCCAAGACGAUAGUUAUAAGGUCAUAGGAGAACUCGAAGACGACACACUUUAUCAUGAUGCAGAAGAGUUAGCUCAUGAUAUUCAAGAAGACAUCAAAGACGAAAUAGGAGAACUCGAUCAAGUAAAUGGAGAGGGUUUAAACCAAGAUCAGGAGGUCAACCAAUCUGAAGAUGUCACUAUAAGUGAGUUAUAUGAUACAGUACUUGAGAAUGAAUCUCUUGAAAAUGAGUUUGUAGAGGAAAUCAGCCAUUCUAAUCUGCUAUUAGUAGAUAACAAAGACCCUGAAUUUGAGGACGCCAUCGAAGGUUUAGCCACUGAAGAAGGUCUGCAAAGUAGUGAUGUCAAUGAAGCCAGCAUAUAUGAAGAACCUGAGGAUCUUCCAGUAGAAGGUGAAAAUAUGGAAAAGGAACUUAACAGCGAAAUUUCUAUGUCUAUAGAUGCUGAAGACACAGAGAAUUUUCUUGCAUCUGAGCCAAACCUAGAAUUGGAGCAAAAUAUGAGAAGCUCGAUGAAUAUUCCCAUUAGUUCCGCAUUACAUGAAGAAGAAGAAGAAGAAGAAGAAGAAGAAGAAGAAGAAGAAGAAGAAGAAGAAGAAGAAGAAGAAGAAGAAGAAGA